AUGGGCCGUCGCCAACAUAAUCCCCUUUACAACCCUCUGCACUAUGCGACCCCUCAACUGGCCACUGGGCCACCAGUAACACGCGCCGCAGCACAGCGGGGUCUUGCCAGCUAUGACUAUGUCAUCGUUGGUGCCGGUGCGGCAGGUUGUGUACUCGCCAGCAAACUCUCAGAGGACGAAAAUGUGUCGGUAUUGCUCCUCGAAGCAGGAGGUGACAACACCAAGGUUCUUGAAACAAAAGUGCCACUGCUGUUUCCUAAGCUCUUUCACUCACGGCAUGACUGGGAUUACUACACGGUUGAGCAGCCAGGGCUCGCAUCCCGCAAACUGUACUGGCCUCGGGGGCGGAUCAUCGGGGGAUCAAGCUCGAUGAACGCCAUGAUAUAUCAUCGUUGCUCCAAAUCAGACUUUGACGAAUGGGUAUCAGCCAAUGGCUGUGUAGGAUGGAGCUAUGAUGAUCUAGCACCCUACUUCCGAAGUAUAGAGCGGUUUACCCCUAAUCCAGCUUGUCCUGCAAUCGGUAUUGAGAAUCGUGGUAGUUCUGGGAAAUGGGAGAUAGGUUAUUCGUCGCUGUCGGAGAUUGUGGAAAAGGGCUUCCUCUCAGCCUGUCAAGAUGCAAAAAUUCCUGUCGUUGCGGAUAUCAAUACGCCGAAAGGUACUCUAGGUUCGACAAAAUUUCAAACCUUCAUCGACCCAAAAGGACAGCGCUCGUCCCUCGCUACGGCCUUCCUAUCCUCUGAUGUACUGCAACGACAGAACCUAUACGUCGCAUGCUACGCUCGUGUCACACGUGUGCUAUUUGAUCGCCUCACCACCGCAGAGCCGACGGCUAUUGGCGUCGAAUUUCAAAUUCAACGUGGUGGUAAGCAUUUUCAAGUUCACGCUAGACAGGAGGUUAUCCUCUGUGGGGGAGCAGUGAAUACGCCGCAGACACUAUUACUGAGCGGGAUCGGUCCAGCGGAUACGCUAAAGAAUCAUGGCAUUCCGGUCAUCCAAGUGAACGACGCGGUCGGUCAAAAUCUCAAAGAUCAUCUCUGCACAACACCUAUCCUGGCCAAAGCAAAGCCUGGCACUACGCUCGAUUACUUGAACAACAAUCACAAAGCGAUUUUUGCACUAGCGCGGUGGAUGCUCACUGGGGGCGGCCCGCUGGCAAGCAAUAUCGGCGAGGCGGCUGCGUUUAUACGGUCAACUGAUUACAGCUUCCCUCAAUCUGUGAGAACUCCUAAUGAUCAUUCGUCUGGCGGUGUUGGACCAGACCUGGAGCUUAUAGGCGCACCUAUUGCAUUUAUCCAUCAUGGGGAAGAGAAAGUGAUUGAUGGAAAUAGUGCCUUCAGCCUGGUUCCGAUUGCUCUGCGUCCACAGAGCCACGGAACGGUUACUCUUCAGAGCAGGGAUAUCUUUGAUGCGCCAAUCGUUGAUCCGAAGUACUUAAGUGACCGCGGUGACAACGACCGGAAUGUCCUUUUAGUCGGCAUUCGUGUUUGUCUCCAGAUUAUGCGCAGUCCAGCUUUCAAGGAAUUUUUCGAGCCUGUCCCUGUGAACGACGAUCCGACUUCGUACUGGUGGCCGUUCUCGAGCAGCAACAUCGAAAAUAUCACCGACGAGCAGCUCAUCCGUUUCAUGGAUGAAAAGGCUUUCACUCUGUAUCACCCAGUUGGCUCGGCGCGCAUGGGCCAAUCGCCGUCGACAAGCGUUGUUGACCCAGAUUGCCGGGUCUAUGGUGUCAAGGGUCUUCGUGUGAUGGAUGCCAGUGUGUUCCCAGAACAGAUCAGUGGACAUCCCACCGCGCCUAUUGCUGCAAUGGCCGCCAAGCUAAGUGAUAUGAUCAAAGCAAGCCACGCGGCUGCCAGCUUGGUCAGCGCAAACCUAUAG